AUGAAUUAUACACAGGUUUGGGAAGAUUGGAAUCAACAAGUCAGGCGACAAAGAGACAAUGUUAAGCUCCCAGCAUUUGGUGACCCCCUCAAGGUCUCCAAUUUCAAGGACUCGCCAUCUUUGGCAUUCAUUGUUUCAAAGCAUGAUCAAGAUGGAUUUGGAUCUGCUAGCAUGAAAUCCUUAAGAGCAUUUGCACUAUUUGGUGCAGGGGUAGCCGAGCUUUUGAACUGUGCAACAAACGCUUAUUCUGAUGAGGCAGAGCAGGGGCUAAAGGCCCCUGACUAUCCUUGGCCUUACAAAGGCAUUCUCAAAUUCGUCGGGGUCACCAGGUUUACCAACAAGUUUGUGCACAAUGCCAUUCAAUGUCAUUUAUCGCUUUUUGUGACCUUGUCGGUGUGGCAUACACUGAGGAAGAAGCAAAGGUGCUGGCUACUUAGAUUGAAGCAGUUGAUGGGCCUAAUGACAAGGGUGCCUGGUGAGCUGAAUGACUGUUUUCCUCCGCCUUACCCUAAUGAACAAGCUGCCAGGUUUGCUAAUGGAGGAGCUAUCCUCCAGAUCCGAGUCUUAUCACCAAGGUAA